AUUGACUUAUUUAACUACUACAAUUUAACGCAUUCUCUCCUAUAGGUAUUUGUAAUUCUUUGAAACAUAGAGCUGGUAACAUUUUCCAUGUACAGUUAGUAUUUUGCAUCACACAUUCACACUUCGGAGUUUUAUCUAAACCCUUUUUCCCUUUCGAAUAAAUUAUAUCCUUGUGACCCUUGUAAAAUUAGUCUUUGUGUGCAAAAUAUCAUUGUUUGUAAUAUCUCGUGUUUAUUGCGUAUGCCUCAGAAGUUGUGGGAGGCGCCAUGCGGAACCUACGCGGGCUCAUGAAUAUGGUAAAGAGAAAAUGAUAACAUCAGCAACUGGUGGCAUGGCUUGGCAAGAACGUCAGCUCUCCAGUGAAGAAGAUGAGCUCAGCGAAGAGGACUCGCGGCGAGAGCCGACAGUCGAGAUCAGGCUGAACACAGUGUCGCCUGAGGUGGCGAACUUGGUACACUACGACUUCACCAGCAGAAAGUACCUACCAUGCGAGGAUCUGACGCUCGACCUCCUCACCCUGCCUUCAAAAAUCAUGCUCAAGGAGGACCUCCUCGCCAUCCAAGAGGAGAGAGCUUUAGUGCAGAACACAACCGCUGCCCACGCGGGCCAUGCAGAAGGAGGAGAUGACGAAAAGCUGAGCGUCGACGACCUGGAGGGCUGCGAGGACGUUAUUUCCAAGGAGGAGCUCCGCAAGCUUGACUCGCAGCCUAACCCCUUCAACUUCAGUGAGAGAGUCAGCCAGACUCUCAGAAACAUCGUCACGGAUGAAAUGGUACAGACCGAUCCACCCCCCAGCACCACGUUCUGUGUUAACGUUGGUCCAAGCGACAUCUAUGACGCCUACCGGAAAGACUACGCGAAAAAACAAGCUUUGGCUCGGCUACUUGAAGAGGAGAGAGAAAAAGCCAAAGACAAAUCUUCGUCCAAGAAAAAGAAAGAACCACAGCCGCCAGCACCUUCGGGUUCUGAGGUUGCCCUGCUUGCUCCUGUAGCCCCUCUACAGGAGUCCCUCUUUCCCAACCUCUCCCCGGCACAACUGAAGCGGCUCGCUUUCACGGCUAAAAUACUCGAGCGGAUGGUGAACCAGAACACAUAUGAUGAAAUAGCGCAGGAUUUUCAAUUCUGGGAGGACCAGAGCGACGAUUUCCGCGGUCGUGAGGGGACCCUGCUGCCGCUGUGGCGCUUCUCAAGCUCCGCCCUGACGCUCGUGCCGGGCUACUGGAGCGGCUGGGGCGGCCGUAACGCGACCCUCACGGAGGGCGUCAGGGGCCUGCUCGUCACCGACCUCUCCUUCAGCCCCGUCUUCAGCGAUCUCUUCGCCGCCUCAUUCUCCUCAGCAGAGACGCUGGGCACCGAGGGUGCGGGCGCCGUGUGCGUAUACAGCCUCAAGAAUCCCAGCCAUCCUGAGCGCCUCCUGCUACACUCCUGCGGGGUGACCUGCGUCCAGUUCCAUCCUACCAUCGCCAGCGUGCUGGUGGCGGGACUGUGCAGAGGCGAUGUCGUCAUCUAUGACGUCACCAGCAGCCAGGCCAUUGCCGAGGUCUCGUCAAGCGCUUGCAGCGGGAAACACCUGCUCGCCGUCACGCAAGUUCAGUGGAUGAGGUUCAGCGGUAAGCUUAGCCUCCUGUCAGCGUCUCAGGACGGACGGGUGACUCAGUGGCACGUCAGUGGGAACGUCCUCUCCCCCACUGACCUGCUGACCUUCCCGGGGCUCUCCGCCCCCCAAGCCGGACCAGCACCCAACGGGAUGUCCCCCCACGACCUCGACGGUAACAAGAAAAGCGCUACUCCGUCCGACGGAACUUCGUCACGGAUCUCGGGGAAAUCUUCGUUCGUGGCACCCGACCGCGUACAGCUCGAAGGCACGGCCACUCACAUUGCCCUGAAGCCCGACGACGACACGACUCUCCUGGUGGGGGCGACGACGGGCGCUGUGUUCCAGUGCUCGACGGCGUCCACGGUGCACUCCCUGGUGCGCUACAGCGCCCACACGGCACCCCUCACAGCCCUCGCCUGGAACUGCUACAACUACAACGUCUUCCUGACCACCUCAAUGGACGGCACGCUCAAAAUAUGGCUCCAGCAACACCCGACACCCCUGGUGGUGAUGUCCCUGGGAGGAGCCGUGGCGUCGGCCGCAUGGGCGCCGUACAGCAGCACGGUGGUCGUGGCCGUGACGGACGAAGGCAAGAUCUUCGUGUACGAUCUUUUCGUGCGUCGCUGCCGGCCGCUCUGCGUGCAAGCUCUUCCCCAGAAGAAGAGGCUCCUCGUGUCCAGCCUCGCCAUGAGUCCCUACCACCCCGUCCUGCUCGUCGCCGGGGAAAGAGGUCAUCUUGUAUCCUUCAAGCUGUCACCCAAUCUACGCCGUCCUCACAAGGAGGCCAAAGGAGCAGACGACCAAAGAAUUAGGGAAAUAGAAGUCAUGAAAAUAGACAGAAUCAUCGCCACGAACCGCGGGUAAUCUUUCCUUUGUAUAUUGACGCGUGUGGCAUGAAAUUGUGGUAAGAUAUUGAUUAGUAGUCCUUAAUUUCAAGUAUGUUGUUGCAUUUUUCGCAAUUCCUUUAAGGAAUCGGAAAGAAUGCCUUGUAGCAUGAAAUUUUAGGAAGAUAUCGAUGACCCGGCUGGACUGUGUUUCAAAUCACGGCUCUUGAGCCGUUAUCUUCGUUAUACAUUGUAUAGUUGCAGAAAAAUUCGGAAGUGGCAUUCACAAAUCGAUCUUGUCAAGCAUUUAUUCAUUACGACAAUCAUUUACCAGCUAUGUUUAACAUUUUUUGGGGAUAUUUUUCGUUUUUGUUUUAUUUGUUUUCAAUUCACUAAAUCAUAUUGACGGUGCAAUUUAUUCCUAUAGUUAUACUGAAUGAAUUCAUAGCGUUUCAUUGUAAAUCAAAAUAAUUCUUCCAUUACAUCUCGCUGGUGAAUUAGAAGGCACGAACAGAUUUGGAUCCUUCAGAAAACUUGAUAAAGUUAAAAAAUUAUGCAGAUCAGCACGAAAUGAAUAAUAUCAUCAACAUGUUUGAAUUAAAGUGACAGUUAUACAUUAAACUGUCCUCAAUGAUGACAUACAGUAUAUUAAAUUUCGCUCCUUGAUUGUUAAUUCAACUUUUUUUCGUCUUGAUCACGAUGGCCUCGACUGCUAAUCAAGAAGUAAUUAUUAUUUAUGAAUGUGUAAAUGAUACACUUGAGAUUUUUAUAAAAGAUUUGAUAACAGCAAUAACAUUAUUUAUUCAGUGCCUUAAAGCUAUAUAAAGCACAUAGACCAAGCAGCCUUGUACUGCGCCCAAAAGAGGCGGGCUUCGUGUCAGGAAAAAUCAACACAACUUUGCUCAAAAUUCAACAAGAAGAGAAAAUUGACCAGCAAAAUAAAGUCGAGGUGUACACGAGACGAGUGAGACGCUCACGCCACAAUACCAGAGCAAAGCACGCCAAUGAACCAUCAACAUGCGGGAAAACAAUGUAUUUCCUUAUAAAUAAAGCACGAAGUGUGGCAUGUGUUGGCGCGAUCGAUGUGAUUUCGAAGAAAAUUGGAGACUGUACCAAAAUACGUGGAAAUGAAGUGGACUAAACAAUCCGCUCUCUGGCUACGACAAUAUUUUGUUAUUCCAAUGAUUUUGCUUCAAGUUCACAAAACAUUUGCCAUGCUAAUUUAUCGUAAAUCUAAUAAAACAUUAUUGCAACCUCGUAUUGCGAAACAAAACUGAUGUUGUGAAAAGUCUUCCUAACCUUUUAAGUGAUGGUCCAGAAUGAAUCUGGUUAGUUCAGCGGGUAUAAUUAAGUAUUAAGUGAUGUAAUUGAUUAAGUAAUUAAUUAGGUAAUGGUCUAGGAUUAAUUUGGUUAGUUCAGCGCGUACAAUUAAGAAUUAAAUGAUCAAGUAAUUGAUUAAGUAAUUAAUUAAGUGACGGUCUAGAAUGAAUUUGGUUAGUUCAGCGGGUACAGCGUUGGACCGUAGAUAAUCCUUACCACUGACUCAGGAAUGGAAGGACAUAGAAGGAUACUAGCAACGAUGACACUCGAAUUAACGCUGAUGCAACGAACAUAACACGCUGAAGUUUCGAACAUAAUUACCCCUAAAAUGACGAGGUCAUUAAUUUAAAUUCUGUCUGAACACAUAACAUUGCAACACACCAUCUCGCUUUGUUAAUAAGAUUGGAUCAGAGUGAAAUGAAAAAGUAUUAUCUAUAAAAAAAUUAAAAUAAAAAGUGUGUCUUUACAGCAAGGGCAAGAUAGGGAAAACAAAAACCCUAUAAGGGAUCACGAGCUCAUGCCUACAUCACUAGAGCCGACUUACGUCAUACUUAUUAAUUUUCGUGCAUAUAAACAACGUUAGGAUUAAUAGACAUUUAACGAUGCCAUAUAUGAUAAUAUAGCUUCAAGUAUAUUCUUUUCUUUUAUCACGUCGCACUAAUGCUAUUUAAACCAACAAAACUAAAUCACUCUUGAGGAAUUUAAACU